AUGGCAAUAAGAAGGUGCAAGUGUGCUACUCAAGUGGUGACCGAUAUGAUGAAGAUUGGCGAAAGAGAAAGAAAGAGUGUCUCCCUUAUGAUGAGUACAAGAAGGCUAAGGAGGAGAAGUUUAAACAAAAAAAAAAGAGGUUAUUACCAAAAGGAGGAACCGACACAAGAAAGAAAACCAAAUUUGGAGGAGAUGCUUACCAAGUUUGUAGCUGCUUCAGAAAAGAGACAUAAUGAUCGUGAUGCUGCAAUCCAAGAAACAAGAACAAUGCUUAGAAAUCAAAAAGCAUCCAUCCACAACAUUGAGACACAGCUGGGACAACUUGCUCAACAAAUCAAUCAAAGAUCACCGGGAGAACUUCCUAGUAAAACUGAAAACAACCCACGAGGCACGCACAUAAAUAUCGUGACAACAAGAAGUGGGAAGAUAAUUACUCCUCUGGCCCCUAUUCAAACUGAAGAAACCAAGGAGUUGCAAAAGGAAGAUGCAGAAAAACAAAACAAAAGUCAAAAUCUGCAUGAUACAGAAGCUACUCGUCGAGUUCAGAAUAUGGACUGGACGAGUCCAGUGACCAUUCCGAAAAAUCAGAUUCCUGAAAAGCCCUUUCAGCCUCCAAUGCCAUUUCCAGCCCGAGCUAAGCAAGAAAAGAAGGAAGAGGAAUACCAGAAGUUUCUAGACCAUAUAAAAGCUCUUCAAAUCAACAUACCAUUCAUCGAAGCAGUUGCACAAAUGCCAAAAUAUGCCAAAUUCCUCAAGGAGCUUCUAACCAAUAGAAGGAAGAUGGAGGAAGCAAAAAAGGUAGUUCUUAAUGAGAACUGCUCAGCGGCCAUGUUAAGCAAACUACCAAAGAAGAAGGGUGACCCGAGAAGCUUGACUUUGACUUGUCAAUUUGGUAACUUGGCCACCAUUCAUGCUUUGGCUGAUUCGGGAGCAAGUGUGAACCUCAUGCCUUAUUCAUUUUUCAAGAAAUUGGAUCUCCUGGAACCAAGGCCAAUUCGAAUGGCAAUUCACUUAGCAAAUAAAACAGUCACAUUUCCAAGAGGAAUAUGUGAAGAUUUAUUGGUCAAGGUGGACAAGUUUGUGUUUCCCGCAGACUUUAUAAUUCUAGACAUGGAAGCGGAUCCUCAAGUCCCGAUCAUCCUUGGAAGAACUUUCCGUAACACGACAAGUGCUAUAGUGGACAUGAGAGACUCGAAACUUACUCUACGAGUGGGGGUGAUUCAGUCACUUUCGGGGUCGAUCAAGUUAUGA